AUGGAAGUCUUUCGGCAAACUGACCAACCGCAAAGGUCUGAAUCCUGCAACUCUGUUACCUGGGACCUCGAACAAUACCGCGCACUAUCGGGAAAUACAUCCUCACACGCAACUCUUGGUCUGAUUGCAAGUUGGGCAACUCAUUGUGUGGAACACCACGAGCAUUGUCCACAACGAUUAGUCAGUCGAUUGCCUAAGAGGGUCCUCGAGAUCACGGCUGAUCACGUAUCUCUCAAAGAGAAACCCAAUACUCCAGCUACCUAUGUUUGUCUGAGUCACUGUUGGGGUCCAGAUGGCCCGGCUAUCAGACUGACUGCUGAUACUGUGGAGCUUCUCCAUAAAGGCUACGUCACAUCCGAUCUGCCCAAAACAUUUCGAGAUGCUGUCGAUGUUUGCAAGCGUCUUGGGAUUUGCUACCUUUGGAUCGAUGCACUAUGUAUCUUCCAGGACAGCCAGGAAGACUGGAAAGAAGCAGCUGCCACGAUGGCAGGCAUCUAUGAGCAUGCAUAUAUUACCAUCGCAGCCACCUUUGCUCCAGACAGCAAUGGCGGUCUGUUCUCUUCUGUUCGACCUCUCGCGACACGCCUGGACAAGCAUCCCCACCUGUAUAUUCGAGAGUGCCUGCCAACUUUUCCCGAUGACUUUUAUACGAGAGAUCUAAAAUCAUGGCCGCUUCUGACCCGCGCCUGGGUGUAUCAAGAGCGAAGGCUCUCGCCCCGCACCGUGCACUUUUGCAAGCAUCAAGUGUACUGGGAAUGCCAGACCAACUUUGACUCCGAGGAUGCUAGCGAAUAUAAGGUGUGGAUAACAGACGCUGAUGAUGUUGAUAGAGAUCUCGGAUGGGGUGAUAAGGUCGUGGAUAGUACAAGACAAUGGCAAAAGAUCGUGUCGGAGUACACCAAGCUCGAACUGACUUAUGAUAGCGAUCGUCUACCAGCUAUCGCGGCUCUGGCGAAUCGAAUGUCACGGCUGCGACGAGCAGAUGAUGUCUACAUCGCGGGAAUGUGGAGGAACAGCAUACUUUCGGACUUGUUGUGGGAGUCGAGACCUUUCGAAAUCGGGGAAUGGGGGCGGCCUGUCGAACCGCGCUCUGUGCGACUGGUCCCCUCUUGGUCUUGGGCAUCAGUUCGAAACGCAAAUAUCUCUUGGCGUGGGUGCGCAUUUCCAGACACGACUCAGAUCGUUAGCCUUGAUUAUACUGCGAUAGGUGCUGCUCACCUUGGCGAAGUCAUCAACACCAGCAUUGUUUUAAGGACAAAUGUCCUUGACCUGACUGGCGUGGUAAUUUCGGAUUCACACCGGCCAAGUGAUUCCAUCCACGAAUUUCUCAGAUCUACUCCGCGCAUGGAUUCUUUCCGGCGUAACAAUGACGCAAGUAUUCAUUGUACUUUUCACCAAGAUUACAAUUUGGCCACCGCCGACCCUCUGUAUAUGCGUGGACACGAUCCGAAGCUUCUUAUCUCGAAGGCGACCCGUGAUUCCCUAGGCGGAGUGGUUGUUCGACAAAUCACUGAGAAGCCCGUACAGUAUGAGAGAAUUGGCUUCCUUCAUAUUUUCACCUUUAGUCUAAAAUUUAGUAUCAGUGGACCUGACGAAAUCGGGUGGAACUCUAAUGGCGAAGCUCAAAGACGAGUUGACGAAUUAAUACGGUCAUUGCCUGUGGAAGAGGUGAUGAUCAUCUGA